AAAUCGAUAUUUGCUCGAUUAUUCGCUUGUCAAUUUCUCAAGUCGGUCCUCCUAUCGCGACCUCCGCAAAUCUGGCAAAUCAUUUUGAUAACACAUUCGGUAUCGAAAUAGUCACGACAUCGAUGAUAAGGAUAAAUGGUAAUUUAAUAUUUGCAAAUUUAGGAUUAUCGAUAUCAAAUGGAAAAAAGCGAGGAGAGAGGAUCGAUGAGUGAAGCUUAGUGUUGUGUUUAUUGCGAGCCUCUUAUCGUAUUCGCCUCUUUGACAGCCGGAACGUCAAAAAGGAAAAAAGCUAAAAUUUGGGAAAACUGCAUACAACUGUUGUAAAAAUGAAAAUAGGAGAAGCUGAAAUCACUGCGUUGCUGAUGUUGAUGGUCGCAGAGUUGACUCGCGGGGAUACUUUUUAUACUCGCGAGGAUCCCUGCAUCAAUUUAUGCGAAAAUCUACUGAUCUUUCAAUCUACUGAUUCUUCAAACGUGCGUAACAUUUAUGUAAAAUCCUGCUGUCAGCGAGGCUGCAGAUUCUUUAAUCUAGUCGACUUGCAUCCUGAAAGAGAACCAAAUAGUUUGAAUGGCACUAGAGAUGCUUGCGAGACUUCAUGCACCGAAGCUUAUACAAACCUGCAAGAUCGUUAUGUCUGUAGCGUUGGUUGUGAUUUUAUGGCAAAAGCAAAAAAUCCACGAAUUUCAGAGUUGUUAUCUCGACUCCCCAUCUCUGUUUUCUAUCGCAUCGAAGAAGACAUAGAUUCUAAUGUUUUAUUAAUGUCACCUGAUGUACCAGAGAAUGAUAUAUUAACUGAUCCUGGAUUACGCAAGGAGCUUCUUCCUGGAUGGUGGGAUACCGAUGGCUUCAAGUUGCCACAAACCUAUGUUAAAACUGUGCCAAUGGAUGCUGGUACUGUGGAUUAUGCUUUGUCUUCUGAUUAUUCUGGUGAAACCGAGCAAACAUCUAUGUCUGGCUCUGACUGGUUUCAUUGUGCAUUAAAACAGAUAAGAAUACCUUAUUGGGAUAUUGGAGUACCUUAUUGGCUCUUUGCCUUUGCCAUAGCAGUAUUCAUAAUGCUGUCCAUGAUGUGGCUUUGUCUAUCAACAGGCGAUGUCCCAACAACGUCUCGCAAAGAUGUAUUAAUCGACAUGUCUAGUUCGCCUAAAGUUGCAUUGUAUAUGCCAGAUGAAGCACCAUUGUACAAAGAACCGCCACCUAAAUAUGAAUAUUCGUCCAAUCACUGUAAGUUUUAAUUAGCUUUCGAUGUUAUUUAACGACAUUUCGAUGAGGAUUUUACGCGACAUGCGAUUGUAUCCCGUUUCGAAAGCCUUAGUAUAAUAUAACAAUGCAAUGAUACAAAUAUCUAACAACAGUAUUGUGAAUAUUUUAAGUUUAUGGGCAAUUGCGCACAUUAACUUAAAUUGCAUUUCAUAGUAUAUAAUACCAUAGAGAAAAAUCAAAUUAUUUCUUUGUUAU